AUGACAUAUAUGCAGGGAAAUUCGAUGCCAGCUUCGGGAAGAAAAUAUUCAGCAGCAAGUAUGAUUGAUUUACAACAUGUUAAUAUUAUGCUUGUGGUGAGUUGGCAUUUUUUUAGACUGAAAAUUUGGGAUUUUUUAAUCAUGAAAAACAUCAAGUUUUCACUGAAAAAUCAAGAAUUUCCAGAUUUUCAGCCGUUUUUUUCUGGAGAAAAAUUGGAAAAAAGCCAUUUUUCCGGCUGGAAAUGCUGAGAUCUCGUGAUUUUCCAUCUGAAAAUCCUAAAAAUUGUAAUUUUUUUUCUUUUUUUGUUGGUUUUCUAGUUUAAAACUAUUUGAUCAUGCAUUUUUAGCCAAGUUUUUGAAUUUUUGAGUUUUCAGGUGUCUUUCAAACGUUCACGAGCUUCUACAUCACAAAAUUUCAUUCGAUUCGUUUAUAAUCUGCAAACGUGAGUUUUUCAGAGAUUUUUUGGUUCCUUAAAAAUCCGAUGAGUGUAAAAUUUUAGGAGAAAAAUAUCGUAGUGCUUAUUUCUAAUUAACAAAAAAAAUGUUUUUUUUUCAAUGAGAGUUGAGAUUUUCGAUCUAAAGAAUUCAAAAGUUUCUUUAAAACCUGAUUUUCAAAUUUUUCCCAUCCAGAAACGUUGUGAAAGCUGGAACUGGAACAGACGAAGAUCUCGGCUCAUAUUCAAAUCAAGCAAGUUCGGAAGCUCAACAAUCAGGAGAAUGUGCAAUUUGGGUUCUAAUUCGAACAAUUGUCGAAAGAUAUCCAAAUACAUCAGAUCGAUCAACAAAUUCAAUAAUUCAACAACAAUCUCAAAGUGUUCAAAGUGUUUCACAAGGUUAUCCACCAACAAAUCCAUCACAACCAAAAUCCCACCAAAUGAUGAUGAAUCCUCCGUCUGUUGGACUUGGUGGACCUGGAAGUGUUGGACCACCAUCGGCUGGAUAUUCUGGUGGAUCUGGACAACCAGGAGGACAAGGAUAUCCUGGAUCUGUUCAGUGA